UAGCGUUUUUGGUAGAAUUCUACAAAUCAAUGGCACCAGGCGGAUGUGUCUUUAGACAAACCACAAUUACAUGUGCUUCUACUCAAGCUAACCGAUCAUCUGCUCCAUCAAAUAGUAAUAAUCCUAUUCCUAAUACAGAUGAUUCAACUAGAAUUAGGAAAUGUUGUGGAAGGACAAUGGGAAAAGGUCUUGAGAAAAUGAAGAAGUCUAUAGGAAGAAAGAUGGUUAUAGAAAUCCCAGUUGGUAAAGGAAGGCCAGUUGAGGCAAUUCCAUCAGCAAAGCUAUCAAAUGAGUUAGGAAUUGUUGCUCGCAACUUUCUUUCGCUUCCAAACAAGUGGAAGGAACUCACAAGAGAGGAUAAGGAUGCAGCAUUAAUUAGAUGCCAUGAGAAGUUUGAAAUUAACUUGGACGAGCAUUACACCAAAGAUAGCUGUGAGGAUAUUCUGAAAAAUAGAAGCUGACAAUGGCGCUACAAAUUAAAAAAGCUAUUUGAAAGUGCAAGCUCCGAGGAAGAGGC